AUGAAGCAUCAAAUAAUAUUUUCAACAGGCAUCUCUUCAACCUUCGAUGAUCGUUCCAAUCAUUCGAAAAGAUCGACCGAACGAUUACAACCUCUCGCUUCGGAAAUUCCCACGAGAAAUUCUCUCUCAUCAACGAAAAGUAAUUCAUCAUCAUCGCUACAAAUUCGGAUGACUCAACAUUCUCCCAUCUCUAAAUAUUUCAAUGGUAAUAGGCAUGUCGAUAAGAAGAGGAACAUUUCCAAUGAUGAUGAUUCCGAAUGGACAUCUCAUGAGCUCUCAACAACAUCUUCAACUACAGAAAGAUUAAAAUCAUGCAUUUAUACACUUUCAGAUUUACAAAGUGAAAUACUCAUUCAAAUUCUCAUGUUUUUAACACCCUAUGAAUCUGCAAGUUUGAUGCUGACCAAUUCAUCAAUGUGUGAACAGUUACUGCAAGAUAAUGGAUUUUUUAAAUUAUUAUACAUACAAUGGAUUACAAGUGACAUUUCACAGGCCAUGACACAUUUGGAGCAACGAGUGGCGUAUAAUCGCUCUAAAUUUAAAUUCGAUUGUAGAUUGACCUAUUUUAAUGCAUUGGGAAUUUCACAAUGGAAACAAUGGAUUCAAAAAAAACAAAUCGAGUUGAAGAAGCAUCUCCAUCGAACGAGUGCUACCAUGGAUUGGCACAAAAUAUUUCGUGGCUAUUAUUGUCGAUCUCAAUAUGAAAAAAUUCGACUCAAAUUGGCCUCCAUUUCAAAACUUUGUCGUAACAAUCCCAAUGCUCUUGUACUUGUAUUUAAAUUAUUUAGGGAUGUGAAAAGAAAAUUGCAAAAUUUACCUUCGAAUACGGAACGCGAAUAUAUCAUUAAGAGAAAUUAUGGAAAACGAAUUAAGAGGGAUCACACUCUGGUUCAUCAAUGUUUUUACUUGAUGGGAGAUUUUUCUCAAUUGAAAUAUCAAAAAGAGGAAAUGGAUCAAUUGAUUCCGUUUCUGAACUACUUUGUGUAUUCGAGUCGAAAUGUGUCAGAAAAUCCACUCAUUGUGAAAAAUUCAUGGAAUUUAACAGCAUUUCACUAUGCCAUUCGAGUUGGAAGUAAUCAUUUACUCCGAGAAUUAAGCACUACCUUUUUUGGAGAUUUAAAAGCUUGUACUUUAUUAAGAUUAACAGAAGAACCUCAAAAAGCUCCAAUUGUAUUCCAUCUCGUCAAGUACAAUAUUUAUCCAGCAAUGCUCAAAGAAUGGAUUCAAAUGAAUUUGUGUAAACCAGAAGUAUUUCUUUCAAAAGCAAGAGAGGACGCUGUUCGAACGAAUUUUCUUCAUUACAUGAUGCAAUAUGGAACGAAAUCUCCCAGAACCAUCAUUGGAUAUCUGUCACUGAUCAAAGAAGUAUUUUCCUCACAGCAAAUUGAGAAGCUUGUGAAUGAACAAGAAGAAGGAGAGACACUCUUUGCAUAUACCAUCUCGUUAUUUACAAAUUUGAUCAAUUCUCCAUCCGAUUUUGGAAAAAUAUUUGGAAUUUUAAAUUAUUUGUGUGUGGAAUGGAAUUAUACUCCUUCUCAGAAUGAACUCGAUCGAUGGAAUCAAUUAUUAGAAAAUUAUCGAAUGACUCAUACACAUAGUAAGGCCUCUCAAUUGGUGACAAAAUUUAAAAUUGAUUUGGAUUCGAUUCAACUGAGAAGACUCAUGCAACAAAUGGAGUGA